CGGGGCGUGGCCUCUCGGGUGGGCGUGGCCCCGGGCUCUCCACUGCCAGCUGCAGACUCGUCUGAGCGCUCGCCUAGGACCAUGGAGCCCGUGCCGCUGCAGGACUUCGUGAGCCUCCUGGACCCCGCCUCCCUUCCGCGCGUGCUGCGGGUCUGCUCCGGAGUCUACUUCGAGGGUUCCAUCUAUGAGCUUUUUGGGAAUGAGUGUUGCCUCUCCACAGGGGACCUGAUCAAGGUCACCCAUGUUCACCUCGAGAAGGUGGUCUGUGAAAACCCAGAGACGGGUCAGACCUUGGAGCUCAACCCCAACUUCUCAGGCCUCUUCAGCACACUCACCAGCCUGCAAAGCUACAGAACCCUGGACGAGCUCAUCUCUGCCAUGCCUCAGAACGCCACACAGUGGCCCAUUUACUUCAAGUCAACUCAAAGAAUUGUCACAGAGGCCAGGGUGGUGCCUGUGGACCAGCCUCUCAGGCUUGAGGCUGUGGAGAUGCAUCAUGGGACCCGCUAUGCACGCUGUGUCCAGGUCUCAAAGACCCAGGAGGUCAUCCUCCAUCUGCCCCUUUCCCAGAAUGGACCCUUCUGGAGAUGCAAGCCUGGUCCCCCACAAACCCUGCUCCAAAUCCUGCAGGACCCAGCCAUGACAGGCCUUAUGCUCACCUGCCCCAGCCUACCCUGGCGCACCAUGAUCCUGAAGCCGCAGUAUAUGCUCCAAGCCGUGAUGCACAUGCGCCGCACCAUAGUCAAGAUCCCAUCCACCCUGGAGGUGGAGGUAGAAGAUGUCACCGCCUCCUCCCAACAUAUCCACUUCAUCAAACCGCUGCUGCUGAGUGAGGUCCUGGCCCAGGGAGGCCCCUUCCCAAUGUCCACGGAGAUCCUGGAGGUUCCUGAGGGCCCACCCAUCUUCCUCAACCCGUGGGUGGCCUCCCUACGCAAAGGCCAAAGGCUCUGCAUCUUCGGGCCAGCCUCACCACCCUGGCGGGUUGUGGCCUCAAGCAAGAGCCGAAGAGUUCCCAGAUACUUUUUUCUGUCUGGGGCCUACCAGGGCAAGCUGAGGCGGAGGCCAAGGGAGUUCCCCACGGCCUAUGACCUUUUGGGUGCUCUCCAGCCAGGCCGACCCCUCCGGGUGGUGGCCACAAAAGACUGUGAUGGGAAUGAAGAGGAGAAUCCUGGAUUUUCUUUCCUGGCUGUGGGUGAUCGGCUGGAGGUGCUGAGGCAAGGCCAGGUCUGCGGGAGCCAGGGCCAGGACAUAGAUGUCUUGAUAUGUCAGCGUCUGAUUGAGCAGGCUGGGAAGGAAGAGGAGGAGUUGGAGGAGGAAGAGGAGGAAGUGGAGAGCAAAGAACAGAUUCUGCUACCCCUCUACCUCUCUGGUAGCUUUGUGGAGGAGGUGACUGAUGGCCGGCGCUAUAGCCUAACAGAUCUCACUGCCCAGUUCUCCCUGCCCUGUGAGGUCAAGGUGGUGGCCAAGGAUGCCCGGCACCCCACUGACCCUCUGGUCUCCUUCCCGGGCCUGCGGCUGGAGGAGAAGCUCACAGAACCCUUUUUGGUGGUAGGCCUGGACUCCCAACCAGAAAUGUGCUUUGAAAUCCCUCCCCGGUGGAUGGACCUGACUGUAGCAGAGGUUGAGGGGCAGCCAGGUCAGGUGGCUGGGCCACUCUCUGUCACUAGGGUAGAGGAACUGUCAGAAGCCUUCUACUACAGUCUCCGGAAGCUGCCAGCCUCGGAGAGCCAAGCACCCCCACCCAGGCCCCCAAAGAGCAAGGGUGUCAGUGUGCAGAAGCAGAUCAUACAGAGCUGCAAAGAGGACAGUGUGAAGUCUCAAGUUAUAGAACAGGAAUCCUACCCACAGCCUGAACUCAAGGCGAAGAAGACCUUGGAAGACCUCCCCAAGGACAAAUCAAAUCUGUACAGCAAGAUUCCUGUCCACAAGAAAGACCUUAAAUCCAAAACCCAAACCCAGAAUUCAGUGGUGAGCAUGAAACCCAAAUCCUCGAGCACGCUCGGCAAAUAUUCUAUCAUUGAGUCAUAUCCCCUGCCUGACUCAGAUAUAGAUGACCACGACUAUGAAGAGAUUGAGCCCUUCCAGAAAAUCAUCUAGGUGCUGGGGAGGCCACAGUUCCCAGCUGCUGCUGCACAGGGAGUUGGGAUACCAGCUAACUCUUGAGAGACCUAGAGCAAAGUCUCCAGGGACUCAGACUCAGAUGAGCAUGGAACUGAAAAUGGGACAGACACUUAUUAUCUGUCUGGAUUAUCCUACCUUGCUGUAGAAUAAUACUUCUCUGUACUGUGAGUAUGUAUUGCUCUCAUUGGUUAAUAAAACGCUGAUUGGCCAGUGGCCAGGCAGGAAGCAUGGGUGGGUGACCAAACUAAGGAUGAUGGGAAGGAGAAGGGCGGAGUCAGGAGUUGCCAGGCAGGUGCCAAGGGAGGAGAUGAACGCGCCAUGCUAAUAAAGGUGUCUCUACAUGGCAAAAUGUAAAUAAGGAAGAUGGGUUAACUUAAAAUAUAAGCGCUAGUUAGUAAUAAGCCUGAGCUAUUGGCUGAGCAUUUGUAAUUCGUGUAAGCCUCUGUGUGUUUAUUUGGGACUGAACAGUCGGGACAGGACAGGAAAUGUCCAAUUACACUACCUCCUUUGGGUUCUAGAGGGUUCCUACCUCUGCCUGGUCCCAGAAGUUUGCAUGUGAUGCUCUCAGCCUUGAGCUUUAGUGUCCAGAGAAGCCAUUUAAGUUCUGUUCACUCCUGUGCUUAUCAGUUGUCCCACAACUAGGCGCAAAGAAGAAUCAAAGGCCGCCAGCUUCAGUACUGCCUGCCUCCUGGUGAAGGGAAGUCGGUCCUCCCUGCACCACCCAGUGCUCGCCACCUCCUUUGUACAACUAAAUGUGAGAAUUUGCCUCCAAGAACAAAACUUUAGGUAGGACUUUAGGUCUCAAAAUCUAUUAGUGGAACUAAGAGAGCUAAUUCACAAAGAUGGAGAGACUGGAGAGAUGGCUCAGUGAUUAAGAGCCCUUUGCUGCUCUUGCAGAGGACCCAAGUUCAGUUCCCAGCACCUACAUCAGGUGGCUCACAACUGCUUGUAACUCCAGCUCCAGGGCAUCUACCACCUUUUCUGGACUCUGUGGGCACUAUACUCAUCUGCACAACUCUACCCACCCCCACAAAAAUAAGACACAAUUAAUAAAAAUUAAAGCUGGGCUUGGUGAUAUACACCUUUAAUCUCAGCACUCUGGUGGAGGAAGAGGCAGGUGGAUAUCUGUGAGUUCAAGGCCAGAUUGAUCUACAUAUUUAUUAAGGAAAAAAAAAACAAAAAAACAAGAAACUAAUGGAGACCCAAAGCUGUGGAAAUCUGGCAUGCUUUUUAAAAUAAUUUUUUUUUUAUGUGCAUUGGUAUUUUGCCUGCAUGUAUGAGGAUGCCAGAUCCCCUAGAACUGGAGCUACAGUUGUGUGUUGCCAUGUGGGUGCUGGGAACUGAACCCAGGGCCUCUGGAAAAACAGCCAGUGUGCUUAACCACUGAGCCAUCUCUCCAGCCCCAAGGCAUGCUUUGAGUGGUGCUGUGACAUGGUUAAAGCUGCUAGGUGACUACCCAAGAUCAUUUCAGGCUAAAGCCCAGACUCAAAAUGACACUCACUUCUGUAUGAAUAAUUUAUUAAGUCUUACCUGGGCACCAGACCCUUUAGAAACCAUAUCCAAACCUUGAGCUCUUGGAGAGAAACAGCAGCCUGAUUUUAAAGAUUAGGAAACAGGCUUAGCAACAGAUAGUCUCAGGAGGUAGACCACCACAGUGGUUAAGGAGAGGGCUCCAAAAGGCCAAUUAGGUUCCCAGCACACCAUGUACCAAAUGCCAAUUUCAGCCACUUGUUUCACUUUAGGAUUUAGUUUCAGGACAUCUAAAGAUUGUUUUAAGGAUCAACUGAUAUAUUUGCAAGGCAUUUGGUACCUGUACUUGGCACUCACUGUAUUGCUGGUAACCAAGCCAGACUAGCACAGUGCCACACAGCUGUGUCUGCCAUCCUGGUUUCCAUGCUGCAGUCUCAUCAUGUCCAGAGGUAGAGAUAAAAGGACAAAUACAAACCUUUGUCCAUGUAACUUCCAAGGUUGGUUUAGGCAUGUUGGGUGAGGCCAUCUGUCAUAUCCAGGGACAUGUGGGAACUGAAAGCUGGUGAAGUCACAGAAUUUAGCCCCAGGCCACCAGAGAAGACAGCAGAUAAACAGAUGCUGAAUUUACAGCUGAUGUGAGACUGGGUCCAAUUUCUGAUUGGAUCCCAGGCACUACUUGUGUGUGCUCCUGAGUCUGCUCCUCUCUGGGCUGCCUGGACCUGUCCUUGCAGGUCCUCUGACCUUUACACCCUUGAAUGAGUUCUCCAGGUGAUUCCUACAGACUGCUGGCCAGUCCCAACUAUGGGUUUCUCAUCUACCAAUUUCUACCUGCCUCUCCCCUAGAAGCCAAUGUUCCUUGUAGUGGAAAAUCCAGGGACAGACAGUGGAGAGAAGCAGUAAGAUCUUGACAGAAAGUUCCUUCCUGGCUCUGAACUACCAGAGGGUGGAUCAACAUACAAGGUGCCUCUAGUUUUCACUUCCACAUACAAGUUCAAUCUUGGCACAAAAGGAAGGCAGAAAAGAGGGCUACCAGUUCUUAGGAAAUAGGAUUUCCAGGGCUUGGAGAGACAGCUCAGUGGUUAAGAGGACUGGGUGUUCUUAUAGAGGGCCCAGGUUUAGUUCCCUGCACCCACUCCACUGCUCACAACUGUCAUCCAGUUCCUGGGAUUCUGACCCUCUCUUCUGGCUUAUGCGGGCUCUACAUGAACAUGGCGCAUAUACAUGGAGGCAAAAUACUUAUACACAUAAAAAGUAAAAAGAUUUCUGAGUAAUCAGAUGCUUCAGUGUAGAGAAAGGCAGCAAUUUCUUAGCUUGGAAACUAUGCUUAAAGGAAUUACAGGGACUGGGGAGGUGGCCUAGUGGGUAAGGUGUUUGCUAUAUUGAGGAUGACGGCCUAAGUUUGGAUCCAUAGUACCUACAUGGAAGCUAGGCCUAGUGGCAUAUAUUUGUAACCCUAACAUUGGGAGGUGGGAGCCAGAGACAGGCAGAUCCCAGGGGCUCACUGGGCAGCUGCUCUUGCUGAAACAUCAAGUUCUAAGGUCUCAGAAAUACAUGGUUGAAGGAGAUGCCUGGUGUCAACCUCUAGCCGUACAUGCCUCUAUGGUUAGAUGUCCUCAGCCAGUGUCGGACUGCGCCUCAACACAAGCUGAUUUUUCAGAGUAAUGGCAGUUGCUCGGGGAACCAUCAUAGGACUUGUUUUCUUUCCCUCAACAAGCUGGACAAGUGGGAAGGAUAUUACAAUGGGGCUGGGGAUGCCCCUUGAGCAAUGGCCUUCCAAGUGAUGACUAUACACCAGUGAGUUCCCUUGGGAACAGAAAAUAAGUAUCAGCACUUUUUGUUUUGAGACAGGGUCUCACUGUGUAGCCUUGGUUGACUUGGAAAUAGCUAUGUUAGACCAGGUUGGCUCCAAAUUCAAGAGAUCCGCUUGCCUCUGCCCCCCGAGGGCUGGGAUUAAAGGUGUUGGUCACUACACCUGGCUCAUUUCUACUUCUGAAUGCUUUAUAAUGAUAGGUAUAUUAAUAGGGUAAACUUAUGUAAAAGCUGUUAAACAAAAUAGGGUACAUGUCCAAACAUUUUAUCAAUAUGAAGUUUCUCCCAGCUACAUUAUCUUUUUUCUUUUAGGCUUGUGAAAUCAACUGUACUAAAACAAAAUAUAACCAUUAAUCCACACUAAAUACUAAUACUUACUCUGGCCUUUCUCUAAGUAAGCUUAGUAAAUGUUAUUUUUCAUGAUACCCCAUUUCCCACUGCAGUCCUAAAAAUUUCCCCGAGAGAAGGUUGAACACACGAGAGGUGACACUGGUAGUUUGUCCUUUUUUUUUUU